CGAGCCCGGCCGCGCCUCCCCCGGCCCCGGCUCCUCCCCGCCCCGCCCGGCGGGGCUCCAGGCCGGGGCCGCCGCAUACGUGAGCCGGCUGCGGCGGGGACACGGAUUUCAAAACAAGCUGCGGCGGGGGAGGAGGGCGGGAGCCGCGCCGGAGGGUGUCCGACAUGGCGAGUGUGCUCUCCAGGCGUCUGGGGAAGCGCUCCCUGCUAGGCACCCGUGUCUCCACCCCUGGUGCCUUGGCCGAUGGGGUGCUGGUGGCCACACAGAUCCCUGGCUUGCAGACUGACCUUGGCCGGGCAUCCACCUAUGCGGUACCUCAAGAGGAUGGAUCCUGUACACUGUUAGCGGAGGAGAGCAGCCAGACGCCCAGGCUUCCCAGCCCCAGCUGCCAGCAGCUCUGUGCCGGACAGCAGGUCCUCAUCACCUACAGUGGGCAGGAGUGCGCUGGCCUUGUGGAGCAGCACAACCCACUGAGUGACAAGAUGAAGGUGCUGCCAGAGCAGGGCUUGCAGGCGUGCUGGAGGGUACAGGACGUGCGGUCAGCCAUGCUCCAGCCCCCUACCCUGCCUGCAGCUGGUGGUCCCACCCCUGCUGAUGCACUGCAGAGAUCUGUGUCCAGCAGCAUCGAUGUGCCCAAGAGGAAAGCUGAUGCUGCUGUGGAAAUGGAUGAGAUGGUGGCAGCCAUGGUGCUGACAAGCCUCUCCUGCAGCCCUGUGGUGCAGAGCCCUCCUGCUGGUGAGAGCAGCAUCCCCCCCUCACGGGCAGUGUGUGAUCCAUGGAAGGAGAGCGGUGAUGUCUCGGACAGCGGCAGCAGCACCACCAGCGGGCACUGGAGUGGGGGCAGCGACAUCUCUACCCCUUCACCUCCCCACCCCGCUGGCAGCCCCAAGUACUCCAGUGAGGGCCUGAACUCUCCCCAGGUGGAUGAUGGCUUUGAGACCGACUCUGACCCCUUUCUCCUUGAUGAACCCGCUCCACGCAAGAGAAAGAACUCGGUGAAGGUGAUGUACAAGUGCCUCUGGCCAAGCUGCGGCAAGGUGCUGCGCUCCAUCGUCGGCAUCAAGCGGCACGUCAAGACCCAGCAUCUCGGGGACAGUGCAGACUCUGACCAGCGGAAGCAAGAGGAGGAUUUCUACUACACUGAAGUGCAGGUGAAGGAAGAGCCAGCACCAGAGGUGGCUGCCACCACCAGCCCCAUAUCCACAUCUGCCCCCAUCAUCAUCCAGCAAGCCCUGGCGAAGCCAGAGGCGCUGCUGGUGGAGCAGCCAGUGCUGGAGCCCGCCCUGGCCAGCAGUGCCCUAAGCCAGUCUGCCCCCAGCUCCUUCUGGCACAUCCAGGCGGAUCACGCCUACCAGGCAUUGCCCUCGAUCCAAAUUCCAGUGUCCCCUCACAUCUUCACCAGCAUCAGCUGGGCCACCGCCACCUCAACCCUUCCAUCCCUGUCACCGGUGCGGAGCCGGUCACUCAGCUUCAGUGAACCCCAGCCACCAACGCCGAUGCUCAAGUCCCACCUGAUUGUCGCCUCGCCGCCCAGGGUGUCUGUCGGCACCAGGAAAGUCCGCGGUGAAGCCAAAAAGUGCCGUAAGGUUUAUGGCAUCGAGCACCGGGACCAGUGGUGCACAGCCUGCCGGUGGAAAAAAGCCUGCCAGCGCUUCCUGGACUGAGCGCAGCACCGCGGUGCCGUGUCCCUCCCCUGCUUCUACCCAGGAGCACUGAAGUCCCUCACUGCUGCAACCAGGGACCUUGGAGGUAUCUCUUGCAACCCCAGAAGAUGCCUCCAGAGCUGCCUGUAAAUUCCUCCUCGUGUAUAUUGUACAUCUGCUGGUUUGCUCUGUUUUUAAAAGAACGUUUUCCAA